AUGGCAAUAUCAGACAUGCUCCAAACCAUUUUUGGAAUUCCAAGAGUCAUAAUUGAAGUGAUGUUUGUGCGAGAGCRGUGGUUGYUGGGAGGUUUUCUUGGUAAUGUCACCUGUAAACUGGUGUAUUUCAUCCAAGAUACUUCUCUAAGUGUGUCCAUGGCUAGCUUGAUAUGUAUAACUAUUGAACGGUUCUAUGCUGUGGUUUGUCCAUUCAAGUAUUCCUACAUUAAAAAGCACACUAAGGUAGCUAUCUGUGGGAUAUGGUUGACCGGGGCCUCACUUCAUGCCAUCUACUGGAAGAUGUUUGCUCUUGAAACUGAAACCAAGAAAUGCAUUCAGUCAGAAUGGAGCUCUUAUCAUGCUGCCAUGACAUAUUAUWUGGUGGUGUUCGUCGGAUUAUUCUUUCUUGCUUUGAUAACUACCAUAGUUCUAUAUACCAUAAUAAUUGUCACAAUCAAACGCAAACCCGUCUCUGGUGAACGUCUUCGRAGAUCCAAGGAAGCCCAGGAGCGGAAGCUACUUCGCGUUGCUAUGGCAAUAACUGUGGUAUUCUUUGUAUGUUUCUUCCCUCAGACCGUCCUCAUCAUGACAGCUCCUCUUUACGCAAUACCUCAUUGUCAUGCCGAAGCAUUACGAAUUGCAACCAAGGUGAUGGAACAGAUAUAUUCAGCGRUCAACCCCAUAUUGUGCAUGGCAUUUAGUGCCAACUAUCGUUCAGGCUUCAUGUCUUCCUUGCUGGCGGUGGCAGGGUGUAUAACGUCACCAUGUAGGAGGGAAACUAUAGACCUKGAAGUCCAGAGACAAAAGGAAUCCGAUUGA